AAAUUACUCUUUGGAGCUGUUUGAAGAGAGACAUCAAUUAUUGCAUUAGCCAGCGACUGUUUACAAGCUAUUACAAUGAAGUCAACAUCAGUUAUUUUCCUUUUCCUUUUCAUUCUUCAGUUAUCUCAUCAAACAAUAUCAGAAAAUGUAGAGCCUGAAUUAACAUUAUCUUCAGGAUCAAUAAGAGGUACUUCAGUUGAUUUUAGAGGUGUUAAAGUUUACCAAUUUUUGGGGAUUCCGUUCGCUGAACCACCAUUGAAUGAAUUACGUUUUCAAAAACCAGUGCCAAAGAAACCAUGGAAUGGAGUGUUGAGUGUAAACAAAUGGAUGCAAAUAUAUUGUAUGCAGCCAGUCUUCCCUGGUUUCAACAUGGAGCUUCCCAUCAGCGAAGAUUGCUUGAUUCUGAAUGUUUUCACAACAGAAGCUGCUUUCCAAGACAGAAAAAAUGGCAAGAAAAAUAGUUUACGUCCAGUCAUGGUUUGGAUCCAUGGUGGUGGUUUCAAUUUUGAUUCAGCUAACAUUCCAGGUCAAUAUGAUGGUACACCAAUAACUGGAUUGAAAGAUGUUAUAAUUGUAUCUUUGAAUUAUCGUUUGAGUUCUUUGGGUUUCCUUCAUUUGCCCGAAGCUGGUGUUCCUGGUAAUAUGGGUCUUUGGGAUCAGCAAUUAGCUUUAAAAUGGGUUAAAGAUAAUAUUGAACAUUUUGGUGGAGAUCCUAAUUCAGUAACGAUUUUCGGUGAAUCUGCAGGCUCAAUGUCAGUUUCAGCUCACCUUGUUAGUCCACAAUCGAAAGGACUGUUCAAAAACGCAAUCAUGCAAAGUGGCUCUAUUUAUGAUAUAAACCGAUGGACUCAGCCAGGGUUAGUCAAAAACUUUUUAAGCAAAAUUGAUUGUACCUCCGACGACUACAAAUCAUGUUUAUCAAAUUAUCGAUUUGGACAAUUUCCUGAAGCUGAUGGGUUGUUAUUCUGGCCAACAGUUGACGGUGAAUUCCUUCCAAAUCACCCAGAAGAACUCGUUUCUAACCAUGGAGUGGAUCCUAAUGUUAAUGUUCUAUUGGGUGCUGUUGGUAAUGAAGGAGCAGUAAUGUUGUUAAUGAAAGACAUGGUUACUUUUCAUCCAUUGAAUCCAGUUAACUUGACUAUUCCUCACGCUAAGUACAUUAUCGGUAAACUUUUCGGUAAAAAGCUGAUCGAUUUCUAUUCAGAACGGUACUUAGCUUCAUUGCCUGCUGAUGCCUCUGAUGCCAUUAGGCUAGCUGUCACCCAAGCCCUUGGCGACACAAUUCUUACUUGUCCGACUUAUGCAUUUGGUCGAGAUUUGAUCGCUAGUGGUGUUCCAAAUGUUUAUGGUUAUUUUCAAACGCAGAAGCCAACCCAAGCUCUUGUACCAGAAUUUAGUCAAGCUGGAUGGAUGACUAAUAUUGCUUCUCACGCUGACGAUAUUCCAAUGGUUUUUGGUUACCCUUUUAUCAAACUUGAUAAAUUCAAUAAUGAAGAUGUUGUUUUGUCAUUUCUCAUGAUUGACAUUUGGACAAAGUUUGCCAGAGAUGGUAAACCACCACAAAUCUCUCACCGAGAAUGGUUGCCCUGGAACUUAAGCGGUUCUACUCCUUAUCCCAGUAUGGUUCUCAACUCCAACAAAAUUGGUUUGAUUGAAACCAAAUCUGUUGAAUUUUGUAUUCAAAAUUGGCCUUUCCCACUCGAAAAACAAUACAACCUGAAUUCUGAAACAGGAGUCUAUGCCAAGAUGGUGGAAGAUCAUGACGAGCUUUAAUGGUUUUGCUAGUGAAUGAUCACCACCUUCGAACAACUUUCAGAAUCUAUUUUUUAUCAAUCAUGUUGUUUAACUUCUGCUUGGGCUUCAAAGGGCUCAUUCUCUUUGAAUGGAAUCAAAUUAUCUGGUAUUUGAUCUCUAACUGAUGGACUCAGUCGGGGUUGACGUUGGGCAUCUAACGACUAUAAAUCAUGUUUAUCAAUUUGUCAAUUCCUUGCCAGUCCUUGAAGCUGAUGGAUUAACAUUCAUGACUCUAACCAUUGAAUUUCGCAUUUGCAUAAAAUAUAAUUAAAUAUUCCAAUUGUUUUUGUUAAUUUUUUAAUAAACUAUUAAAACAAUAA